UCAAAGCUUUCAUGAUUAUGCAUGUAUUCAAAUUGACGAAGAAAAAAUAAACAGGAUAAUAAGAUGAUUUUGUCCUCAGGUACGUUAUUUAAUUCCAAAGUGAUGUUAGCAUUAUAUAAGAAAUCAGAAACGUUUAGUAGCUAUGAUAAACUUUUGAACACAGUUGAACAGUUCACCAUUUUGUUCGGAGGAAAGGUCAACAUCUCCAAAUAGUACCAUUUAUUCUGUGAAGUUAUAAUGAACAGAUUAUUGUCAUGCCUGUAAACUUCAGAGAUACUCUGGGGAUCAGAGAGGCAGGUAUAUAACUUCAAGUUAUUUCCAGUAUGUGAUUGUCUUUUUAUGUCUUAAAAAUUCGUGUAGUUUAAAAUUGCAAUUGUAAUAUUGUAGUUAUAUGAUAUACACUUUUUGUGAUGGCAAAAAAUAUUAACACGUGCUUUAUUGAAAUGUAAAAUACUUUGUGUUACAUUGGCUGUGUUCUCCGCCGUCUUGCACAAAUGUAAAAUGUUGUCAUAUGUAUGUAUAUUGUGAUCCUAUAUGCCAUUUGCAUACGGAAUAAAAAUAAUUGAAUUGCAAUAACAGAUAAGAUACCACAGGGACAUGACACAGUAUUUAUAGAAGAUAGGUAGGGAAUGUAUGACAAGUCCCUGUGAACUGUACACCAUACGUGUUUCUUGGACUUGAUUCCAGAAAGUUAUGUAGAACGGGUCAUAAUUCUCUAUGUGUUUUAUAAAACAUGUCAGUAUACAAUCUACAGACGUCAAUAACAAACACAUUCAUAGAGUUAUCUUUACAAAAACGUCAAUAACAAACACAUUCAUAGAGUUAUCUUUACAGAAAAUCAAGUGUAAAAAAAACAGAUAAGAAACACAUGAUGGAGAGAAGAAGAAAACAUUGUGUUAAAACGUUUACUGUCUUCAAGGAAAGUUUGGAACAAAUAAUAAUGUUUCCGUUAUCCACAUCAGAUAGGAUCGGAGACAAAUAAAACCAGUGAGAGAUACACAUUGGAAUAACGAGAAAUAGCAGCAAUAAAGAAAAACGCAAGCUUUUGGAAAGUGUUAUUAGCGUAAAAUAAUUAUUAUGUAACAUGGAUUUGUAAGAAAUAUAUAUAUAUACAUGUAUAUAUAUACAACCACAUAUUCUUCUUUUUAAUUGGUCACAAUUACCAUUUAAUGUCCCAUAACAAAAUAUCUGGAUAGAAUUAAGUGUUUUUCUCACGGCCUAAGACAAGUUAUCUAGUUCAUAGAUUUAUAAUUAACAUUUGAACCAUAAAUAAACAAAUUUAUGUAUAUAUAUAUAUACACAAUUUAUUUUUCUUAUCUUGUCAAAAAGUCUAUAAUAACGGUAGAGAAUUGUGUGGAGGAGGGGUGGUGUGUAUGUUACCCUCACGUGACAUAAUCUUUAUCCAUACACGUGUCACUGGUAAGACUAUCUGUUUGGACAACACUUAUCUCUAGACAAACGAUACUCCAGUUAGUACACACCCCAUCAAUCAGAUGACUACAAUGGUGAUUCCCCAGGUAGAUCUAUGUGAUGAUUGAGUAGAGGUAGGUCUUACCUAUCUACCUGUGCAGGUUUCCAGGUGAGUUUUUAUUGCAAUUUGUGUACAAUACCUGUUCCGUGUCACCGACACGCGCCCCAGGUAAGCUGCCCACCUGCCCUGUAGUAGGGAUGCGACAUUUGUGUGGCGUUUACAUAACAAUUAACGGUAGUUACCUGUCUAACGCCACGUGCUGCACUGUAGGUGAUCUAAUUGUCUGUCCCGUGGGGGUGGGGCGAGUAUUCCUACCCGUCACGUGACCGGGUACCAUAUAGGUGACAGAUCUCUACCAGAAGCACACUUUGCAUUUGACUCCCAGCAAGUAGCACAUAUCCAACUUUAUAUUACGAUACCUUUAUCAUCAUGCAUCCCGAGAUCGAGAGAGCUUCAACACCCUUGGUAGCAAGAAAACGGCAGUCCAACAAGCCACUGACAGAGAGGAAACGCCGCGAGAAAAUCAACAAUUUCCUUAGUCAACUUAAAUCCCUCAUCCUUCAGAAAACAGACCGACAGGAGAAUGAACACUGUAGACUGGAGAAGGCCGACAUCCUAGAGAUGACUGUACAGUACCUACAGAACGACACCAACGCAGUACAUUCCAAGAGCUCGGAUUAUACAUCAGGAUUUACCCGAUGCCAGGAGGAAGUGUUCCGACUUCUCAACCAGGAUGUUUCUGUCAGCAACGAUGUGAAGAUGAGGCUGUUCUAUCAUCUGUCCAGAUUUCCGACAACCCACCAGACCCCUCCCCCAGCCAGCUACAGUGUGGAUCCGUCCCCAGCUACUCUCGCUAGCGACUACACCUGUCCUGUAUUACCCGGCUACAGCACUCCCGGUCAGUCUUUGUAUACCAGUGAGCUUCACGUGCCCAUCCAAGGUCACCAGUGGUCACCAGAUCAGAUGUCCAGAACAGCUUUAUCCAGUCCGUCCUUCAACCAGUCAUCCAUGGACACUACUUCAUCUCUCCCUCUGUGUACCCCAAAUGGAUUCAACAUGUCCAGCAUGGAAUGGUUCCGAGGACAUUCUGAAUGGAGUCACUCUAGUCCAGAUGUCAGUUCUGCGAGUCCCGAUAUGAGUUCAGCCGGAGUGUCGGAGAUUUCCAAGGCAGCCUUUCCUGACAGUGUAUCCACCUACAGUGAUAGCUCCAGCUCUUCUAUGUGGAGACCAUGGUGAUCAUUGCCAUGGUUACAAUCAACAUAGUGACUUGGACACCAGUAAGAUAUUAUUGACAUGUGAGAUUACUGUGCUUUAGAGGGUGCCCAAUAUUUCGAACUGGAUUAUCUCCCUUAGACUGUGUCUGUAACUUGUCAUUCACCGUUAAAAAAAUGUGCUCCUGUGUUAUAUAACUUAUAUUCAUGUUCAAAAACUCCAAGGAUACAAGUGACUUAUGACUCAAACUUACUUGCUGAAUUAGGUGUAUUAUUGUUUAUCCUGCAUUAAGCCCAGGGGUGAACGCAUAACCCCUUAACACAAAGUGGUGAUGUGGACUUAUUUUAUAACAAAAUCAUUUUCUGCUAUUUCUACCAAACUCUGUUGAUAUGGAUUGGUUUAUUACUAGACACGGGAGUAUUCCUCGACAGGAUGGUAACAUUUUGUAUACUGUGUGUCAGUAAUAUCAAACCACAUUACCUUAAUCAUAUUUAAUUAAAAUUUUCCAUAUGUAUGUUCCAAAUUUGUUUUAUGGAUAUUUGUUAUCAAAGUGAUCAAUCAUAUUUAAUCAAUGAAUAUAGAUUUUUGUUUUACGUUUCAAAAUAUGGAUUAAAAUUUGAUGUUCAGGGCUUAGCAAGUCCAUUUUACAGCGGUUUGGAAAGAAAAGAGUUGUGGAAGAUGCGCCUAAAAUUUAUUUAUAUUAAAAUAUUUUCUUAAUAGUUGAAAUUCCCACAAGAAUUAAAACUGAAUGACCUAUGAAUUAAUUUAAAAGAUAAUUUAUUAUUUCUGUGUUGUAUAUAUUAUAUUGUACAUUAUUAAAUGUACCUGUACUGUGCUUAUAUCUGUAAUCAUGGUGUUGGCUACUUAUGGUGACCAAGAUGUUAAGAUGUCGGUUGGCUUUACAGUUCAGAACAAACACAUUUUUUUUCUAUUUUGUUCUUUCAAGAAAUUAUUCAGUCCAUUCUGUCCUGAUAAAUAUUGGAUUUUAUCAUAAUUGGAGACAUUUGUAUGAAAUUUCUUUAUAAAUUUACAGAGAAUCAUGAUUAAAUAAAUUCAACCAUUACAGGUACUUUAUUUCAAAACUGAUAAUCUUCCAAAUUACAAAUUAUAGAAUUUGGUUGUUUUUAGUCUCCUGUAGUAUCAAUGAUAUUUUGCUCGCCAUGAAACAGGAAGCUGUUUGUCUUGUUAAUACAUAAAAUGUAUUGUUUGUUUCCUGUGAUGUAGAGUUUAUUUUUAUUAAAAAAUAAAAUAUGAUAAAUUGAA